CACACCUCCACCCUCGCGACUGGCUGCGAGCGCUCUUGAGCAUGUAGCGGGCCGCACGAGCGCACUGGCGCAUGCGUCGAGGGUUCGCCUAGGUGCUUAACUUGUGCACUGCCUGAAUGGCAGAUACCUAUCGCUAGUAGGUGCUUGGCGAGAUAGGUGGCUGUUGAAGACCGAGAAGCACUUUCAUGUGUAGUGCCAUCGAAGAAGACCGUUCGCACACAUUCGUCCUCACCCUCACGGAGGGACGACCAUGUCAUUAAGCCCCAAGCAUACUCCGUUCUCCGUCACCGAUAUACUGAACCCGCUCGCCGAGGAGAACUACCGCAAGACGUUCGAGUCGGCGAUCCCGCCGCUGAUGCCAAACUACCGGCCGACGAUUAACUCCAGCACCCACCAGCCGCACCAGUCGUCGCUGACCGUGAACAACAUGAACGUUCCCGUCACGUCGCCCUACCACAUGCACGUGCCGCAGCUGUCGCAUCACUCGUCGUUUCCGUCGCAGUACUGCAACGGCGCCGAGCUGUCGCACUACGGCGACCCGACGGGCCUCGCCGUGCGACACUCGUCGACAGGAUGGUACACGGCAAACCCCGACCCGAGAUUCGCAAUUUCGCGUCUCAUGAGCCACUCGUCGGGCAUGAACAUGAACAUGUCGUCGACCGUGUCGGCGCUGAACGGCAUCGACGGCGGCAUGCACAAGGGCAUGCAGUUUCCGCUGACGCAGCGACGCAAGCGGCGCGUGCUCUUCACGCAGGCGCAGGUCUACGAGCUGGAGCGUCGCUUCAAGCAGCAGAAGUACCUGUCGGCGCCCGAACGCGAGCACCUCGCCAGUCUCAUCAACCUGACGCCGACGCAGGUGAAGAUCUGGUUCCAGAAUCACCGCUACAAGUGCAAGCGCGCCACCAAGGACAAGCAGAUGCAGGAGCAUCAGCACAGCGGCCAGCAGGGCGGCGCUGCGGGCGGCGGCGCGCAGGGCGGCCAGCAGUCGCCGCGGCGCGUCGCCGUGCCCGUGCUCGUGAAGGACGGUAAGCCGUGCACGGCGGGCUUGGGCGGCGCCGACGCCGGCAUGCAGGCGUCGCAGGCGGCGAGCCACCGGCACGGCCAGCACGCCGCCGCCAUGCCGCAGGCGAUGACGCCCGACAACUCGGUGAACUCCGGCGCGCAUCAGUCGCCGGUGACGGCGGCGAGCAUGCAGAGCAGCAUGACGAACCACCUGACGAGCUCGAUUAACUACAACGCCGUCGCCGGUAUGAGCUCGGCCGACGUCGUCGCCUCCUACAUACCGUCGCUCACGCACCGCGCCUGGUGA